CUUGUAACUCCAGCAGGCGAAUGAAAUACUUUCAUUUAUUGUUUUGAUGUAUUUUUCCAUCUCUUUCGUUAGUGUAGUAAUAGGAAAGAGAAUAGCCUAUUUGCUUUUAUCUUAUGACAUCUUAAUAAGAAAGAAAAAUAUACGCUAUAGUUGGUAAUGAAAUGAAAAAAAAAAAAAAAUUAAGUGAUAAGAGUAAUAGUGAAUUUCAAGGAGUAAGUUUAUCAUUCCGUUUGACAAAUGCAAACAAACAUAGGCUUGUAGGACUAAGCAGGUGCGGUGACUGCGGUCCGCGGGUUGCUCAGCUGGGAAGAUUUCGUUCGAAGGAAAGCACGAAGGUAGCAAUGGUGCAUAAAAAGUCCACAUAUCGACUUAACUACAGAAAUUAUGCCCCUCAUGUGCGCAAGACUGUGUGGCAGGAAAACAAUGACAUAAGACUGAGAAGACGAGAAGAGGAGAGAUCACACCAUUCAAUAGAAGAAAGUGACUCUGACUGUGUGUGUGAUGAAUCUGAAGAGCAAGAAGUGGAGGCCCUAGCACCAAGAGGACUGGGAGUAGUCAGGGUUUCUGGGUCAAGAGACAAAUUCACAGAUUCUCAGGAACUAAAUCAUCAUCCUGCAAUACAACCAAAUCGACCCACAGAUCCUCCUCCAAAUGUGCCACGUCUCCGCUUCUCUCCUGAACAUUCUCCAAGGAUUUCUGAUCAGCAGAGGACACCAGACAGCACAGAUGAAGGGAUAGGCAGGGAGGAAAGAAGCACUACAGGACAGAAAGGGAAUGGCAGAGGCAAUGAAGGAGAUGACCUCCAUGAGGCACAUGUAACAGAUCAUAAUGUUGCUACGGAGUCAAGAAAUAGAACCAGGUCAUCCAGCAUGCAACUUGGAGUUAUGAGACCUGGAGGUCAAGCUAGAGAGUAUGACCUUAUACCUGCUGAAAGAGAAGAACAGGAUGGAGCAUCAAGGAAAGAAAUUUUGCCAGGGACUAGAAUAUCUAAGAGUUGGCGAUUUCCUCUCACCUCGCAGCUUUCUAGGACAACUCGCAGAAACUACCACAACCGGAAUAGAAUCACUUACUUGCCCUGUGGAACUAGCUCAUCUGUCCGGCAUAUUGGAGAUAAGACAUCUUUUAACAUCCAUCUCAAUAGAGAUCAGGUACGGCAAACAGCACUUCAAGCCUCUUCGUAUAGGAACAGGGAAAUAGAAAAUCUGAUUAAGAAACAGAGAAAAUUAAGUAUAAAUGAUUGGAGAGAGAAGAAGGAACCUUUUCAGCCAGUGAACCACUCCAGUCUCUGGGCAGAUGGACGGCACCAAAUCUUCUCCUCCAGGAAGCAUCCAAGGGAAGAUCACAGAAGGCCAACUAGUGGUGUGGAGAAUUUUUCAAACUACUGCAAACACUGUGGUGGAAGAAAGUAAGAUAUAUAAUUUUAAGGGGAAGGAACACAUUCACUAGAAACAAUGUUGGACUCUCUUACAAACAAUGUACGAUUGUAGUGAAAUAUACAGUGGAGACUCAAUACUCUAACUUAAUUUGUUCCAAGUGGCUGUUCGAGUAUUAAAAAGUUCGACUAUUGAUACUUAUAAAUUGGGUAAUUUAUUCCAGCCAAGUUUUAAAACAGUAGCGGUUUAAUUUUGCAGUCACCGCUAGCACUAAAGCACAGAAACAGGGUUAGCCUGUCUUUCAUGGACUUGUGUCCUGGCAAACACUUCUCAUCCUUUGUUAUAUAGAUCCUGUUUGGUAGUUUUUAUUUUCCAAAACAGGCUAGUUUCAUCACAAUUAAAGAUUUGUUGUGGGUUUAAGGGCUCCUUAUCGACAAAUUUCUUAUAUUCAGGCACAAAUUUCUCAGCGGCAACUGUUAGCACUUGCAGCCUCGCCUUACCUCACAACAGUAUGAAUUCAAGUUCUUUUCUUGAAAUUCCCAAACCAUCCCUUACUCACUUUAAAAUAAUCAUUGAAGUCAGAUGUAGUAUCGGAAAUAAGAUCACGAUGCAGCAGCCUAGCCUUCACACAAAUUAUGCCCUCUGACAAAGAAUCACCAGCUAUCUGCCUUUGGUUUAUCCAAUCCACAAUUUUUCCAUUUCUUCCACUGCCGC